UACAUCGAGUCUCAAACUAGUCCAUCGACAGAUCCUUUGAUACUGUACGUCAGCGGAGCACAAUGCAGUUCAUCUUACGCAAUGAUGAUGAAUAUUGGGCCUUUUCGUUCCUAUGGUGAAGGAAAGCCACUGUAUGAGAAUGUCUUCUCAUGGAAUAAGGUUGCAAACCUUCUCGUGAUUGAUCCGCCUGGUUUAGGUUACUCCUCUAACCCAAAAGAAGAGUUCAGCGAUGAAACGAUCGCAACAGUGUUGGAGAAUGGCCUUACCAACUUUUUCACGAUAUACCCCGAAAGAGCUAACAGUACACUUUACUUGGCUGGAGAAGGUUAUGCUUCCGUCUAUGUGACGAAGAUUGCGCAAAUCAUUCUCGAAAAACUGAAAACAGGACAAUCACAUGCGAAUCUGCAGGGAAUACUUAUUGGAAACGGACUGCUCAGCGCACAGACCGAACUCAACACCAUUGUCCCUAUUGCUUAUACGCAUGGAUUUGCUGGCAAAGAGUAA